CUCGCGGCGGGGCUGAGCGUCCGGACCCGCGGUCGGAGCCGCCCAGGAGCCGGUGAAUCGAGUGGUCUCGUCAGAAGGGCACGGGAGGGCAGGCGCACGAAGAAGGAGCGCCGCGUUCACCGCGGCUGAGAAAAAUGGUGUUCGAGUCGGUGGUCGUGGACGUGUUGAACCGGUUCUUGGGGGACUAUGUGGUGAACCUGGACAAGUCCCAGCUCAAUCUGGGCAUCUGGGCAGGAGCUGUAGCCCUGAAGAAUCUUGAAAUUAAAGAAAAUGCCCUGAGUCAACUGGAUGUACCGUUUAAAAUUAAAGUUGGCCAUAUAGGUAAUCUUAAUCUUCUAAUUCCAUGGAAAAACCUUUAUACCCAACCAGUUGAAGCUCUAUUGGAAGACAUUUAUUUACUCAUAGUGCCUUCUUCUAGAAUAAAAUAUGAUCCUUUAAAAGAAGAAAAACAACUCUUUGAAGCAAAGCAACAGGAACUGAAAAGGAUAGAAGAAGCAAAACGAAAAGUAGCUGAUCAAGAAAAACAUCGGGUGGAGAAACAGGACACUUUUACAGAAAAAUUAAUUACUCAGAUCAUAAAAAAUCUUCAAGUGAAAAUUUCCAACAUCCAUAUUCGCUAUGAAGAUGAUGUCACAAACCGAGACAACCCACUGUCAUUUGGUAUUUCCCUUCAAAAUCUCAGCAUGCAGACAACUGACCAAUACUGGAUUCCAUGUUUACAUGAUGAAACUGAGAAACUAUUUCGUAAGUUAAUCCUAUUGGAUAACCUUUUUGCCUAUUGGAAUGUGAAGUCUCAGAUGUUUUAUCUUAGUAAUUAUGAUGAAUCAUUGGACAGCCUGAGGAAUGGUAUUGUUGAUGAAAGUAUUGUUCCAGAAGGUUAUGAUUUUGUAUUUCGCCCCAUAUCUGCUAAUGCCAAACUUCAGAUGAAUCGCGGAUUGGAUUUUGACUUUUCUGUCCCCAAAAUAAGCCUGGAUAUUGAGUUACAUGACAUAACAAUUGAACUUAAUAAACCACAGUAUUUCAGUCUUAUGGAACUUCUUGAAUCGGUUGAUAUGAUGACGCAAAAUCUACCAUACAGGAAAUUCAAACCUGAUGUACCUCUCCACUACCAUGCCAAAGAAUGGUGGGUUUAUGCUAUACGUGGUAUUCUUGAAGUAAAUGUUCGGCCCCACUUACGGAUGUGGUCAUGGAAGCAUAUAAGAGAACAUAGGCAAAAAAUGAAGCAAUAUAAAGAACUGUAUAAAAAAAAACUAACAAGUAAGAAGCCGUCUGGUGAACUUCUCAACUCUUUGGAGGAGUUGGAAAAGACUUUGGAUGUAUUUAAUAUAACUAUAGCAAGACAACAGGCAGAAGUUGAGGUAAAGAAAGCUGGAUACAGGAUUUUCAGAGAAGGAGCACAAGAGUCAGAGGAUAAUAAAGGAUGGUUUAGCUGGCUGUGGACUUGGUCAGAAUCAUAUACUAAACAACAACCAGAUCUUAAACCUGGAAGUCUUGAAGAAAUGUUGACACCUGAAGAAAAAACUUUACUAUAUGAAGCAAUUGGCUAUAGUGAAACAGCAGUUGAUCCAACCUUGCCAAAAACAUUUGAAGCCAUGAAGUUUUUUGUUCACUUGAAAAGUAUGUCUAUUAUUCUAAGAGAACAACAACAAAAAUCUGAACUGUUAGAUAUUGUAGUGGAAGAAUUUAGCACUUUGAUUGUGCAAAGACCAGGAGCACAAGCAGUUAAAUUCGAAACCAAAAUAGGUUCAUUUCAUAUUACUGGCUUACCAGAUAAUUCAACAAAACCCCGCCUCCUGUCUUCAUUGGAUGAUGCUGCAUCACUCUUGCGAAUUAUAUUUGAGAUAAAUCCAUUAGAUGAAACUGUUGCUCAAAGGUGUAUCAUAGAAGCUGAACCUUUAGAAAUGCUAUAUGAUGCAAGAACAGUAAAUAGUAUAGUGGAAUUCUUCAGACCUCCAAAAGAUGUAAAUCUAGCACAGCUGACUUCAGUGACUUUGACAAAACUUGAAGAAUUUCGUGAUAAGACAGCAGCAGGUCUGCUGUAUAUUAUUGAAACACAGAAAGUUCUUGAUCUCAAAAUUAAUUUGAAGGCUUCAUAUAUUAUUAUCCCACAAGAUGGAAUUUUUAACCCUACAUCAAAUCUGCUUCUUUUGGAUCUUGGUCAUCUAAAGGUGACAAGUAAAAUUCGUUCAGAAUUACCAGAUUUAAAACAAGGUGGGGCGAAACUUGAAGAGAUAAUGCAUAGAGCUUAUGACUCCUUUGAUAUUCAGCUUACAAGCAUACAGCUGCUUUAUAGCAGAGUUGGUGAUAAUUGGAAAGAAGCACGAAAACUCAGUGUAUCCACACAACAUAUCUUGGUACCUAUGCACUUCAAUGUGGAACUCUCUAAGGCCAUGGUUUUCAUGGAUAUAAGGAUGCCCAAAUUCAAGAUUUUUGGAAACUUACCACUGAUUUCUUUACGAAUCUCAGAUAAAAAACUGCAAGGGAUAUUGGAAUUGAUUGAAAGCAUCCCAAAACCCCCACCUGCAACUGAAGUAAAUGUCCCUGUCAAACCAUUUCAGAUUCAAAGAUCCACUUCUUUGGGAACAUCACAGAUUUCACAGAAAAAGUUUUCUUCUUUGGAAAUUCCAUGUGUUGAAGAUGAUUCAGAUGAGGAGUUUUUUGAUGCCCCAUGUAGUCCCUUGGAAGAGCCUCUUCAACCUCCAUCUAGAAUUAAAAGUCCUCAACAAGAAAAGCUUCAAAAGCCAGAUUGUUCAAAAAAUAUGACUGAAUAUAAAAUAAGAUUUGAAGUGCCAGAGGUUUUGAUUCAAUUCUGUCACCUUGUUGGAGAUUGUGAACUACCUGUGGUAGAAAUUAAUGUCUUGGGAUUGGGCACAGUCAUUGAGCUUCGAACAUUUGAUUUGAAAGCAAAUGCCUUUUUGAAAGAGGUCUGCUUAAAAUGCCCAGAAUAUUUUGAUGAAAACAAGAAACCAGUUUAUUUGAUUACAACACUGGAUAACACAAUGGAAGAUCUGUUAACACUGGAAUAUGUGAAGGCUGAAAAGAAUUUACCCAUAACAAUGUUGAAGGACACCUAUAACAAUGUUGAGCAACUGAUUAAGGUGAAUUUUUCCUCUUUGGAUAUUCAUUUACAUACUGAAGCACUUCUGAAUACAAUAAAUUAUUUUAAUAAUAUCCUUCCAUAUUCGGAGGAAAAACCAGCCCCAGUGCAUAUUGCAGAGACUGAAGACAAAGGAGAGUUUAUUAAAAAAAUACCUUUAAAACUAUCCAAGAAUGAAGAUAUUAUUACCUUACAGAUUUUAGCAGAAUUAUCAUGUUUACAGAUCUUUAUUCAAGAUCAGAAACAUAACAUUUCAGAAAUUAAGAUUGAAGGGCUUGAUUCUGAGAUGAUUAUGAGGCCAUCAGUGACUGAAAUAAAUGCAAAGCUAAGGAAUAUAAUUGUUCUGGAUUCUGAUAUAGCAGCUGUAUACAAAAAGGCUGUUUAUAUUACUGGAAAAGAAGUUUUCAGCUUCAGAGUCGUUUCUUAUAUGGGUGCAACUGCUGGUUCUGCGUACACAGACAUGAAUGUGUUUGACAGUCAAGUUAAUUUAACUGUUGGUUGCAUUGAAGUAGUUCUUGUCACAAAAUUUCUGUAUUCUGUAUUGGCUUUUAUAGAUAAUUUUCAAGCAGCUAAACAAGCCUUCGCAGAGGCAACUGUUCAGGCAGCAGAAAUGGCUGCUACUGGUGUAAAAGAACUGGCACAAAGGAGUUCUAGAAUGGCAUUGGAUGUUGACAUCAAAGCCCCAGUUGUGGUUAUCCCACAGUCUCCAGUUUCUGAAAAUGUUUUUGUUGCUGAUUUUGGACUAAUUACAAUGAAAAAUACAUUCCAUGUGAUAACAGAGAGUCAGAUCAACCCCCCACCCAUUAUUGAUUUGAUAACGAUAAAGCUGAGUGAAAUGCGACUAUACAGGUCUCAAUUUAUUAAUGAUGCAUACCAGGAAGUACUGGAUCUACUAUUGCCACUAAAUCUUGAGGUGAUUGUUGAGCGAAAUUUAUCCUGGGAGUGGUACCAGGAAGUUCCUUGUUUUAAUGUAAAUGCUCAACUAAAGCCCAUGGAGUUCAUUCUUAGUCAAGAAGAUAUAACAACUAUUUUUAAAACAUUAUAUGGCAACAUACGGUAUGAAGAAAGUGAUAGUGCCUCAUGUGGAGUAAUAAAAGAUCAGUCUAGUGUUACUAGUGGUGCUACUAAUGCUUCACACCAUUCAGGAGGAACAACUGUAGUGACAGCUGCUGUGGUAGAAGUACAUUCACAUGCUUCCCAAGUUAAGACAACACUAAAUAUGAGUUUCAGAACUGAUUAUCUCACCAUGGUACUGUAUAGUCCAGGUCCUAAACAGACUUCAUUUACAGAUAUUCGUGAUCCUUCUCUGAAACUUGCUGAAUUUAAGUUGGAGAAUAUUAUAAGUACUUUAAAAAUGUAUACAGAUGACUCAACAUUUUCUUCCUUCUCAUUAAAAAACUGUAUUUUAGAUGACAAAAGGCCUCAUGUCAAGAAAGCAACUCCUAGAAUGAUAGGGCUAACAGCUGGGUUUGACAAAAAGGACAUGAUGGAUAUAAGGUAUAGGAGAGUCAGAGACGGUUGGGUGGCUGAUUUAGUCCUUCAAGAAAUGUAUAUUUGUGCAAGUGUGGAAUUUCUGCUGACAGUUGCAAAUGUGUUUCUUGAGGCCUACACUACAGGCACUGCUGUAGAAACCAGUGUUCAAACAUGGCCUGCUAAAGAAGAAGCACUUGUACAGCAAUCAGAGAAGUGGGAAAUUAAUAUUAUUAUUAAAAAUCCUGAAAUUGUGUUUGUGGCUGAUAUGACAAGAAAUGAUGCCCCUGCCUUAGUCCUUACAACACAAUGUGAGAUUUGUUGGCAAGGUGACUUUGAAAAUAAUACAAUGACCGCUGCCAUUAAAGAUCUCCAAGUGAGAGCAUGCCCAUUUCUUCCAGUCAAGAGAAAAGGAAAAAUCACUACUGUUUUGCAGCCUUGUGACUUGUUCUAUCAAGCUACUCAGAUACGUACAGAUCCACAAGUGAUUGAAUUAUCAGUAAAAUCCCUGACACUGAAGGUUUCACCAGUUAUCAUAAACACUGUGAUUACCAUAACUUCAGCACUUUAUACAGCUAAGGAAACCAUCCCACAAGAAACUGCUUCUUCUACAGCACAUUUAGGGGAAAAGAAGGAUACAAAGAAUUUAAAAAUGUGGUUUCUUGAAGAACCAAAUGAAGUUGAAAAAAUAGCUUCCCCAACUGAAUUGGUACCCAAAGGAGAGAUAAUAAGAAUGAACAUUGAUUCUAUUUUUCUAGUUCUUGGGGCUGGAAUUGGUCAUCGAACAGUACCUAUGCUUUUGGCAAAGUCACGUUUCUCAGGGGAAGGCAAAAACUGGAGUUCCCUAAUAAAUCUCCACUGUCAGCUUGAGCUAGAAGUACAUUAUUACAAUGAAAUGUUUGGUGUGUGGGAACCUUUGCUUGAACCCUUAGAAAUUGAUCAGACUGAGGAUUUUAGACCAUGGAAUCUUGGAAUCAAGAUGAAAAAGAAAGCCAAAAAGGCCAUUGUUGAGUCAAGUACUGAAGAAGAAAAUUACAAGGUACCAGAAUAUAAAACUGUCAUCACUUUCCAUUCAAAAGACCAACUAAACAUUACAUUAUCCAAAUGUGGCCUUGUAAUGUUAAAUAAUUUAGUCAAGGCAUUUACAGAAGCUGCCACUGGAUCUUCAGCCGCCUUCAUAAGGGAUCUAGCACCAUUUAUGAUUUUAAAUUCUCUUGGACUUAGUAUCUCUGUUUCACCAAGUGACUCUUUUAGUGUGCUCAGCGUACCUAUGGCAAAAUCAUAUGAAUUGAAAAAUGAGGAGAGUUUAAGUAUGGAUUAUAUCCGAACUAAAGACAAUGAUCAUUUCAAUGCAAUGACCAGCCUAAGCAGCAAAUUCUUCUUCAUUCUUCUUACACCAGCUAACCACUCUACUGCUGAUAAAAUCCCUUUAACAAAAGUGGGACAACGACUGUACACUGUAAGACACAGAGAGUCUGGAGUUGAAAGAUCUAUUGUUUGUCAAAUUGAUGCAGUGGAAGGAAGUAAGAAGGUAACAAUUCGCUCCCCAGUGCAGAUUAGAAAUCAUUUUUCAAUACCACUUUAUGUUUAUGGAGGGGACACCUUAUUGGGAACGGCUUCACCUGGAAGUGAAUUUAACAUACCAUUAGCAUCUUACCGAUCACUCCUUUCCCUGAAGCCAGAAGAUGAGGACUAUCAAAUGUGUGAAGGAAUUGAUUUUGAAGAAAUUAUAAAAAAUGAUGGCACUUUUCUCAAGAAGCAAUGUAGAUCUAUAAACCCUUCCAAGAAGCCAUUUAUCAUUAAUAUUGUCCCAGAAAAAGAUAAUUUGACAUCUGUGUCAGUGUAUUCAGAAGAUGGUUGGGACUUACCAUAUAUAAUGCAUUUGUGGCCACCUAUUCUACUCCGAAAUCUUCUUCCUUACAAAAUUGCUUAUUAUAUAGAGGGCACUGAACAUAGAGUUUUUACUCUACAUGAAGGCCAUUCAGCCCAGAUUUGUACUGUACAGUUGGAUAAAGCCAGGCUGCAUUUAAAAUUACUUGACUAUCUUAAUCAUGAUUGGAAAAGUGAAUAUCAUAUAAAACCUAAUCAACAAGAUAUUAGUUUCAUCAGUUUUACUUGUGUUACAGAAAUAGAAAAGACUGAUUUAGAUAUUGCUAUCCAUGUGACUUAUAAUACUGGCCAGACAGUUAUGGCAUUUCAUAGUCCUUACUGGAUGGUCAAUAAAACUGGUCGAAUGUUACAGUAUAAAGCAGAUGGAAUUCAUCGAAAGCAUCCACCUAAUUAUAAAAAGCCAGUUCUCUUUUCUUUUCAGCCAAAGCACUUUUUUAAUAACAAUAAGGUUCAGCUUAUGGUAACUGAUAGUGAAUUGUCAGAUCAGUUUUCAAUUGAUACUGUUGGUAGUCACGGAGCUGUUAAAUGUAAGGGCCUGAAAAUGGAAUAUCAAGUUGGUGUCACUAUAGAUCUUAGCAGUUUUAACAUUACCAGAAUUGUCACCUUUACACCCUUUUUUUUGCUUAAAAACAAAAGUAAAUAUCGUAUAUCAGUGGCUGAAGAGGGAAGUGAUAAAUGGCUCUCUCUUGAUUUGGAGCAGUGUAUCCCCUUUUGGCCUGAGGAUGCUUCUAAUAAACUUCUUAUUCAAGUUGAAAGAAGUGAAGGCUCUCCCAAAAAGAUACAUUUUAACAAGCAAGAAAGUUGUAUUUUAUUGCAUCUGGAUAAUGAGCUUGGAGGUAUCAUAGCAGAAGUUAAUUUGGCUGAGCAUUCUACAGUUAUUGCAUUUUCAGAUUAUCGUGAUGGAGCAGCUCCAUUCCUGUUAAUAAAUCACACCAAGAAUGACAUUGUUCAAUAUAAGCAAAGUUCCCUCUGUGAAAUAGAAGAUUCCCUCCCUCCUGGAAAAGCAAUUCUUUAUACGUGGGCUGAUCCAGUGGGCUCUAGAAAGCUGAAGUGGAGAUGUGGAGAAAGCCACGGUGAAGUAACACAAAAGGAUGAUAUGAUGACACCUAUAGAUCUGGGGGAAAAGACCAUUUAUUUAGUUUCAUUCUUUGAAGGCUUACAACGCAUUAUUUUAUUCACUGAAGAUCCAAGGGUAUUUAAAGUGACAUAUGAAAGUGAGAAAGCAGAGUUAGCAGAGCAAGAAAUUGUGUUGGCAUUACAAGAUGUUGGAAUUUCUCUUGUCAACAAUUAUACAAAGCAAGAAGUAGCCUAUAUUGGCAUUACAAGUUCUGAUGUGGUUUGGGAGACAAAACCCAAGAAGAAGGCAAGAUGGAAGCCAAUGAGUGUAAAGCACACUGAGAAGUUAGAGAAAGAAUUUAAGGAAUAUACUGAAUCUUCACCAUCAGAAGAUAAGGUUAUUGAGUUGGACACUAACAUUCCGGUUCGCUUCACACCUAGUGGUACUAACAUGAAAAUUCUGCAGCCACAUGUAAUAGCUAUAAGAAGAAAUUACCUUCCAGCAUUAAAGGUAGAAUAUAGCACAUCUGCACAUCAAUCAUCAUUUAGAAUUCAAAUUUACAGAAUACAGAUCCAAAACCAGAUACAUGGUGCUAUAUUUCCAUUUGUGUUUUACCCCAUUAAACCUCCUAAGUCGGUCACCAUGGAUUCAGCACCAAAGCCCUUUACAGAUGUCAGUAUUGUCAUGAGAUCUGCAGGACAUUCGCAGAUAUCACGUAUUAAGUAUUUCAAAGUGUUGAUCCAAGAAAUGGAUCUCAGGUUAGAUCUUGGGUUUGUCUAUGCUGUAUCAGAACUUAUGACAGCAGCUGAAGUAACUGAAAAAACGGAGGUUGAGCUUUUUCAUAAAGAUACAGAAGCUUUCCAAGAAGAAUAUAAAAUAGUUUCAUUAGGAGAUUCAUCACAAGUCAGUCUCUAUGAAUACUUUCAUAUAUCUCCUAUCAAGUUGCAUUUAAGUGUUUCACUGAGUUCAGGUGGUGAAGAAGCUAAAGAUUCAGAACAACCUGAAGGACUGGUAGCAGUUCAUUCUUUAAAUCUUUUGCUGAAGAGUAUUGGUGCCACUCUUACAGAUGUACAAGAUGUAGUUUUUAAGCUUGCAUUUUUUGAACUCAACUAUCAGUUCCAUACAACAUCUGAACUACAGUCUGAAGUAAUAAGACACUAUUCAAAACAGGCCAUUAAGCAGAUGUACGUACUCAUUCUUGGACUUGAUGUUUUGGGAAAUCCCUUUGGCUUGAUUAGAGAAUUUUCUGAAGGUGUAGAAGCAUUUUUUUAUGAGCCUUACCAGGGAGCCAUCCAGGGUCCUGAAGAGUUUGUGGAAGGAAUGGCACUGGGACUGAAAGCACUAGUUGGUGGAGCUGUUGGUGGAUUAGCUGGUGCUGCCUCCAAAAUCACCAGUGCUAUGGCUAAAGGGGUAGCAGCUAUGACUAUGGAUGAAGACUACCAACAGAAGAGAAGAGAAGCCAUGAACAAGCAACCAGCUGGUCUUAGAGAAGGCAUCACUCGUGGAGGAAAAGGAUUAGUUUCUGGUUUUGUAAGUGGCAUAACAGGAAUUGUUACAAAACCGAUCAAAGGAGCUCAAAAAGAAGGAGCGGCUGGUUUCUUUAAAGGUUUUGGGAAAGGUUUAGUUGGAGCAGUGACAAGGCCAACUGGAGGCAUCAUAGACAUGGCUAGCAGUACAUUUCAGGGAAUAAAAAGAGCUACAGAGACUUCUAAUGAAGUGGAGAGUCUGCGACCCCCUAGGUUCUUUAAUGAAGAUGGAGUUAUCAGACCUUACAGGUUGAGGGAUGGUACUGGAAAUCAAAUGUUACAGGUCAUGGAAAAUGGAAGAUUUGCAAAAUACAAAUAUUUUACCCAUGUCAUGAUCAAUAAAACAGACAUGUUAAUGAUAACCAAAAGUGGUGUGUUGUUUGUAACAAAAGGAACGUUUGGACAGCUUACAUGUGAGUGGCAGUAUAGUUUUGAUGAGUUUACCAAAGAGCCAUUCAUUGUUCACGAGAGAAGGUUGCGCAUCGAAGCAAAGGAGCGGGUGAAGUCUGUAUUCCAUGCCAAAGAGUUUGGAAAAAUAAUUAACUUCAAGACUCCAGAGGAUGCAAGGGUAAAUAUAGUCAAUCUUUUGGUUAAACAGAUAGCAGCUUCUCAUUUCAAAGCCAUUGGAUCCUCAGAAAGCUAGAAGAAGCAAGAGAACCUUCCCCGAGCCUCUGACAGAGACUGCUGCCUGAAGAUACACAGCAAUAAAUCAUUACAAUUUCUACCUUGUACCUUCUAAAACCUGUUUGGGGAGUAUAGUAUAGGAGUAAUUACAAGUACUUUAAAAAAAAAAUCAGAAUCAAGUAAAACAGUUAUGUGAUGAAACUAUUUCAACUCUUUGGGGAUCCAUUUGGCUUUCUAACUUGAAUCAUGCAUCUGGUUACAAUUCUAAUUACUUUAUAAAGGAAAUAUUUCUUUUAUGAAUCUUAAAUAUUUGCUCCAGGUGAUUCUCUGUAAUGGUGGAGAAGUUGCCCAUAUUUAGCCUAAAUUUAAUGGCGCUAAAUGUAAUGUUCCUAGUUCACAUCUUACAGUUCUAUCAUGCUUGCUUCAAGGUCCCUGAAUGAGUGAUGGGUAAAUGAUCAAAUCAAACAUUGCCUUAGUGGUAUCAAGAUAACCUUGGUGGUAGUUUCUUUAGAAACAUGAAGUUCUUUUUACAGAUAAAUAUUUUGGUAUGAUUUUCCUUAUUUUUUUUAAAUAGAGGGUAGGUUUGAAUUACUAUUUGAAGUACAUAGCGUGACUAUGAAAAACAAUCUUUUUUAUUUUAUAUAAUACAGAUUGACUAAUACCCCUUCAAGCCUCAUCCUAAGAAAGUCUUGAAGAAAUGAGUGUGCUACCCAAAAAGGGAAGGCCCCUCUCAGAACUUUCAAGCCUUAGAAAUACUUCCUCAAGCCAACGCCUUGAGAUCUACUUGGUUUACCAAGGUCAUGUUUAAUAGAUUGCUGACCUUAAAGGAAAAUUCCUGAGGCCUUAACAAUACCAACUUCCUAUUCACUGGUAGUAUGAAAUAAACAAAAGUCCCACCAUCUUAAUACGAGUUAUGCUUCAGAACAGACAGCCCCUCUCUAUACGCAUGUCGGGUAAGUGUGUGUACCCUAAAGUCUAACCCAGUAACCUGUCCUGUUGGCAAUAGAUUGAGAAUUUCUGGUUUGCUUUCUCUACAAUUAUUCAAGUGAGAAUUACUCUUAAGUGUAUACUCGUCAGAACAAAAAUCGUGGGCUGCACAUUAGUAAAAAUGUCAGGGGGGGUAUUUUCCUUGAUUUUUGUCCAAGAUCCUUGUACCUUGAUAUUAAUGGACUUUUUCAAGUGAAAGGGGAUGAAUAUAUGAUUGUGAACCAUGAAGAAAAUGAUGCAGUGUCUUAGUUAUUGAAUAAUACAAAGUAUUUGAUGCAUGUUGAACGUACCGCCAAAUUACUAUAAACCGUUUUUAGAAUUGGAGACUAUAUAAGUCAAUGGUUGUGAAAUUCUCCUCAGAUUCCUCGCUUUGUUGUAAAAGCUAAAAUAAACAGCAUGCCAGACUGUAAUUGUAUUUCUUCCUGACGAAAUCUUGCUACUAAAUAUUAUUGAUUUUCCUCUGAUUAAAAAUCUCAUUGUUUAUUAAUAGUUUCCUUCAGAAUUUUUUCUUUGCUGAACAUAAAUUUAGUCACGAGAUGACAAAUUUCAAAUCUCAUCAUAGUGCAUGCUCCCAUGAUGACCUUUGUUCAAAGUAACAUGCACUUUUUCUCUGUUGCUGAGCUCUGCCAAUUUUGCAUACGUUAGAAUUAAACCUAAGAGUAGAGGUAGUCAGAAAGCUUUUAUCAGAUUGUCCUCAUCUGAAAUGUUGUUUUACUGGAGUUCUAGUCAGUGCCAUUAGCCAAGUACCUCAUUACCUACUCCAGUUUCAUGACUUUAUACUCAGAAAAAUACAGACCCAUAACUUUUUGGGUAUCCCAUAGUAAAAGGGAAAAGUCUAAAAGAGUAAGGAUAGAAAUUCUUCUGGUAUCCUCUGGAGGCCAGGCAAAGUGGGUCUUGUAACUACUAUACAUGCAAAGCCAGUGUGCCUAUCCUUCCUGUUCCCUUACCAAUGAGAACCUAGAAACAUCUUUCCUUAUUCUUUCUCUACCCAUCAGUCAUCUACCCACUAACACCUCCUAUCAAUUCCUGUUUCUAGAGUGGAAAGACCCACGAUUUCAAGAGCAGUAGUUUAUCAAUUGUCUUAGAAGAUUUUCUUCAUCUAAACAAAGAACAUAAGUAGAUCACUAGAUGUCAGUCUUUUUAGCAUAACAUUUUACAAUUAUGUGUUUGAUUCUGUAGUCUUUUUCUUGAAUAUUACAGAGUCCAUAAUCUUAUGGUAUUUAAAAAUAAUCUACCCUGAAUUAUAUUUAACUGUGUUUAGUGGCUGUCUGCUUGAAAAUUGCAAACUUGUCUUCGUUUUUUGGUAAUUGCGAUGGAAGAUGUCCUGAGUAUCCUGUCCUUUAUCUCUUUGUAUUGAUAUUAUGUGUUAGCUAUAGCCCUGUACCCUUCAUGUAUCCUGAUAUGUGUUUAUUGUAUGAAGCUGAAGGCAGAGUGUCUAUUCCCUGCCAACUCUCCUCCAGAAAACUAUGAUCCCUAGACAUGGCAACUUUUUUUUUUUUAAGAAUCAAAUUUAUUUAUUUAUUUUUGGCUGUGUUGGGUCUUCAUUGCUGUGUGUGGGCUUUUUCUAGUUACAGCGAGCGGGGGCUACUCUUGGUUGCAGUGUGCAGGCUUCUCAUUGUGGUGGCUUCUCUUGUUGCGGAGCACGGGCUCUAGGCGCAUGGGCUUCAGUAGUUGUGGCACACAGUUUCAGUAGUUGUGGCUCACGGGCUCUGGAGCGCAGGCUCAGUAGUUGUGGUGCAUGGGCUUAGUUGCUCCGCGGCAUGUGGGAUCUUCCCAGACCAGGGAUCGAACCCAUGUCCCCUGCAUUGGCAGGCGGAUUCUUAACCACUGCUCCACCAGGGAAGUCCCUAGACAUGGCAACUUUGAUUUCUGAUACAAUAAGAAGCUUGUGAUUUCUUCACAUUUACAAAAUACUCUCUGAACCAAAGAGCAUGUGCACUUCUGCAGUGGCUUCCCUAUUAAAGUAUGUAUGUUGGCUGCUUCUUCCCUGGUGUUAGCAAGACCUUGGAAUUUUUCCCAGGCUCAGUUUAGUACAGCUGAGUUAUUUUCUGGUUCCUAAAUAAUCAUGACUAGCUGUAGGCAGUCCUUUCCUGUCCCUCUCUCCUCCAGAAUCCUAAUCCAUCCCCAAAUUAUCCUGUGGCCUCCAAAUAAGAAAAUCUUCUUAAACUUAUUUAUCAUUUCCAUAAAAUUAUCUCUCUCAUUUUUUCCAAUGGUAGUAGCAGUAGUAUAAUACUAUCCCAGUGAAUAUAUACGCACCUAGCUCAUCUCUUAGAAAUAGCCUACAAAGUAGUAUCCUAUUCCUGUCUGGUAAAAAAUAAAGACUACUCAGUGCCGAAUUUUAUGAACCUUAUUCAGUCAUUAGUUACCAGUUUUAGUUGGUACUUCAGGCCAAGCCAAAGCCCCAGUAUUAAGAAGGUUGGGACAAGGUACUGGAUUAGUUUGCCUGUAGGAACUGAAAGUGUGCGCCGCAUACACUGAAGGGAGAAGUAGCUGUUUGGAAAUGGGUGUUUUAAUGCCCCAGCCAACACAAGUCAGAGAAAUCUGUUGGGGUUCCAGGGCCAUUGCUUUUACCUUUUCUCAAGAUCAGCUAAAAUCCUCAAGGACAGUGUUUUUCAAACUGUAGUUCUUAACCCAUUAGUGAGCCGUAAAAUCAGUUCAAGAUGAGCAUAUUUUAAAAAUAGAAUAGCAAAGAAAAGAAGAGAGUUCUGCGUGUAACAAGGUUAAAUAUUGUUUCCUGAAAUAUCGUUUCAGUUAAAUAAUCUAUACUGUGUGUACCGGGUCACAAUAUAGAACGUACCCUCUUAUUGGGAAUUGCAAUUUGGGGGGGCGGGGAGAAAACCCUUGGAAGCCAGUGCUGUAGGAGGCGUUCACCAUCCAGUGACUGUUGAAACAAUCUGGGCUGUGCCAAGUUGUGAGCACUGCCUUUUUCUUUUGAGUGAGAAGACAGGAUAGCUCUUGUUUCAGAAAUGUUUUCCUUUCCUGGUGUGUAUCAGAUACCCUUAGAUACCUGUGUCAUAUGUUCCACUAGAUAUCAGUGGUCUAGAAAAAGCAUAGACACGUUAGAUCCACAAACAGCAAGCACCCAAAAAAGGUCAUAGGAUAUCCUUUAACUACAUGUAUUUCAAUCUCUUGCGCACUAAGCACUCUACUGAGAUGGGCACAGAAGUUCUCCUUUUAAGUACAUUGAGUGUGCUCCAUCUGCCUUCUGUCUGAUUCACCAUACAGGUGGCCCAGGCAAAUGGGGAGCUUAUUCACGGGUCACAAUCUUUUAGGGCCAAAAUACUUAUUCUCUGGAGGGUGCUAAAUAAAUGCCAGUGCUGUUUAGCUGAAAAUAAUUGGAUUUCCUAAUUUCUGUAGGAUUCAAGUAGAAAACACGCAUAAUCUGACUCUUUUUGCGAGAUUCAAUACAAAACUUAUUCACUCUGGUUUUCUUUGGUGCUACCCAGUAUCACUGAUAGCUCCUUUGCAUACUCUGAACGAGGACCAUCCACCCUCCUGCCCAAUCCUUUGAAAUAUACUUUUGAAAUUAUACCUUACUGCUAAUGCUAUACCUAAUCAAGCUAGCACUGAUCAGUUAAAAUUUUUAGGAUUCUUAUCAUCUGUAUUUUGGAUCAUUGCCCAAAACAGCUAUCAGUGCAGACCUUUUCUCCUGCUUCUUUUCUUUCUACCACAGUUGGUGUAAAGCAGUACUUGUUUCAGGGCUAUCCUAAAAGGCCAGCACAAGGACUGAGAAUAUGCUGGGUCCUACUCUUUUACAAACCUUCUUCAUGUUUCUUUAAUUGAAACCUUUUUUUACUUUAUUUCCUCUUUUGUAAGGUAAAUUGUUCAAUGUCAUUUUUUUUUUUAAGUUUUGCUUUACAAUUACAGAUUAGUUCUUUUCUAAAAGCAUUAUGGCAUUUCCAAAAAAACUGAUACUUCUGGUUACCCAAUGAGCCAUGUAAGAGAUGAAACUUCAAAUUUUAUAGGUUGAUAUGAGUAUAUUUUUAAAGUUUUUAUUACUUUAUACAAAUCCAAAGUUAUUUGUAUUACAGUUUAGCACCUGCUGUAAUAUCUGUCAGCCUGAAAAUCCCUGUCACUGAAUACCAUUCACAUUCAUUUAGUAUUGCUCUGAUACCUUUAAUAAUGGGUUCCUUCUAAUGAAGUCCUUGUAAUAAGAAACCCUGUAAGAGUAAUAUAAUAAAAAGUCUAAUAAUCAGAAGUGUACUUAAAAUAGAUCGUGUUGGAAACCCCCAACAUUUCUUCUAAUGCCAUCAUACCACCAGCGUUCUAUUGGCUACCCAAAAGUUUCCACUUUGGGAGCUGAAAAAUGUUCAAGUAACAAUGUAGACUACAUUGAAAUGUUCUCAAUGUCAGUAAUUUUGUACCGACACUCACAGACUAUUAGAAAUUGUAUGUGGGACUUGUUGCAAGGUCAGGUUGUUGUAGACCUUUUAAAAUGAUCAUCUCCGUAUGUGAAUAUGUGUAUUACAUAUAAAAUUGAACUCUUCAGGGAAUGUGCACUUUAAAAAUAUUUCCUUACUAAUUUUUGUAUUGACCAAAUAGUCUGCUCCUUUGGAAUGCUUAUUCUUUAGCAAAAAUAUGGUUGUUGAUGAUGACAGUUCUUUAAAUGUCUGUUUCUGCAUCAGUGCAAUAUUUCCUUCACUUUUGGGUUCCUUGUACUUAUGUCUGACCCAGUUGCCUGUUAUACAGUCUCUGCCUUGAUUUUGUGUGUUCUGGUAAAAUAAUUAAUUUAUAAACACAAACGUUUACAGUGAAGUUCUUCCUCUUGAAAUUGAACUUAGUCUUAUUUUCCACUGAAAAUUGGUUGGCUAUGUUCACCAAUGACUUUUUUCUAAAUAAUAAUAAUUUCUUGCUAUUGGUAGAAUUGGAUUGCUUGAUCACUGACUGCCCAGUUUAACUAUGUGUACCUCUUUCAAAUAAAUUGAGUCAAAUAAAGAUUUCUGAUCUUCA